AUGCUAGCCGAGAUACUACAUAUGUUGAUUCUAACUUAUUCAGGGCUAACAGAUUGCAUUGCUAUUUCACAGUAUACGUCUAUCACAGACGUCCACAAGCAUAAUACAGUUGGCAACCUGUAA